AUGGCUCCCAUUGCAGACUUCCUCGCCAGCGUCAUCCCGUGGUCGCUCCCGCCCCACCUCCAGAGCUAUGUCCCCGGCAAGACGCCCUUGUCGACGCCCCAGCAGGUCUUCCCGACGCUCGCAGGAUACCUCGCGGUCGUGUUCAGCCUGCGGGCGUACAUGAAGAACAGGCCGCCAAUGAAGCUUCAGGCCCUCUUCCAGGCGCACAACAUUAUCCUCAGCGCGGGCAGCUUGCUCCUGCUCACCUGCAUGGCGGAGGAGAUCGCCCCGCUUUUCUGGAAGCACGGUCUGUUUUGGUCAAUGUGCAAUGACGACAUGUGGACGGACAGGCUGGAACUCUUCUAUAUUAUCAACUACUACUUCAAGUACCUCGAGCUCCUCGACACUAUCUUUUUGGCGCUUAAGAAGAAGCCUCUUGCGUUCUUGCAUGUGUACCACCAUUCUGCAACGGCCCUGCUAUGCUUCACGCAACUUAACGGGAAGACGAGUGUGCAAUGGAUUCCCAUCACGAUUAAUCUGUCCGUUCACGUCCUAAUGUACUACUACUACUAUGCGACCGCGGGUGGUGCCAAGAUAUGGUGGAAGAAGCAUUUGACGACCAUGCAAAUUGUGCAAUUUGUCAUUGAUCUGGUCGCUGUGUACUUUGCAACGUACUCCUACUAUGCCGCCUCCUACUUCCCGAACCUCCCGAGCUUUGGCUCCUGUGCCGGCACGGAAUCCGCUGCUGUCUUCGGCUGCGCAAUCCUGUCGAGCUACCUGGGACUCUUCGUCCAGUUCUACAUCAACACGUACAAGAAGCCUGUCAGGGGCAAGGCACCCAUCGCCAACGGCAAGCCUAUUGCAAACGGCAACGGCGUCGCCAACGGUCAUGGGUAUGUUUUGAAGCGCCAUUCUUGCCUCGGGACGACCACCUGA